AUGGCGAGGAGACGGAGCGCGCGGCGAUGGUGGAAGCAGGAGGGGAUGAGCAGGAGGGAGAAGAAGAAGCAAGAAGAUGCGACCUUGGCUGAUGGUGCGGCAGAGGCGCCAGCGAGACAGGAGAGGGAGUCGACAGUGUUCGAGGAGUAUUACAGCAUGCAGCAGCUGCUUGGGGAGGACCAGAAGUCCUGGGCUGCCUUCCUCCGUUGCCUGUGCACUCCGCUGCCCGUCACGUUCAGAAUCAACAGGAACCUGCACAGCGAGGAACUUGUCUCGAAGUGCCUGGAGGAGGCGGCUCUCAUCCUUCAUCCCUCUCCCGAAGAUCUGCAGCAGGAGCCGGGGGUAACCUUGGCUCACCCAAAGAGAUUGGAAUGGUGUGACGGGUAUCAGCUGGGUGUGAGCAGGACCUCUCUGAAGCAUGGACAGAGUGCGUACGUCCAGAGCCUGAGGACCUGGUUGAUGAGGUGGGGAACUCUCCCGACGCGCGCAGGGACCAUUACAAGUGCAGGGGUCAUCACACGCCAAGAAGUUUCCAGCAUGGUGCCCGCCGCUCUGCUGGGCAUUGAAAGCCAUCACAUUGUUCUUGACCUCUGCGCUGCUCCUGGCUCGAAGACCCUCCAGGCUCUUGAUGGCUUGUACAGCACUGUUGGGCAAGGAGAGGAGCCCUUGGGUGGGAUAGUCGCCAACGAUAUCGACGAGAGGAGGGCGUACGGGUUGGCUGCAAGGGCAAGGCCUGUGGGAUCUUUCGCCAAGAACUUGAUGAUAGUGUGUCAUAAAGCGCAGAAGAUCCCAAACAUUCAUGCGGAAGGAGACGAGAGCGCGGGGAGCUUCGACCGCAUCCUUUGCGACGUCCCUUGCAGCGGGGAUGGGACUUUAAGGAAGGAUACCAAGGUUUGGAAGCUCUGGGACCCUCUCUUUGGUAUCAAGAUCCACAGGCUGCAGGUCCAGAUUGCGAUGAGAGGGCUGGCGCUGCUCAAGGUGGGGGGGCUCAUGGCGUACUCGACCUGCUCGUUCAACCCGAUCGAAGACGAGGCAGUCGUUGCUGACCUGCUGAGAAGGUGCAAGGGGAGCGUCGAGCUGGUACGCUCCGACGACCUACUUCCUGAUUUGAAGCGAGGCAGAGGCUUCUCCUCCUGGAAGGUGAUAGACGAUGACCUGGAGGAGCACAAGACGUAUGAGGAGCUGGAGUCGAAGCCUCAUGCCAGCCGGAAGAAACAUCUCUUCUGCAGGUCCAUGUGGCCCCCGGGAAAGGGCGAGAAGUUUCCGCUGGACCGCUGCAUUCGCAUCUAUCCUCACCUGCAGGACACUGGAGGGUUCUUCGUCGCGCUAUUGCGGAAAGUCGCCCCUCUCCCUCAACAAACAGAGAAGAUUCCCAGGGAGCCUGCGGGGCCAAGGACGGAAGAGGCAAGAUACCAGCACUUGCGCUAUCAGCCCGUCUCAAAGAGCUGCUUGAGCAAGUUUGGCAAGGACCUGAUGUUGAGCAAGGAGGACACCAAGGCCCUGGCCAAGAACCUCUACUGCCGCUCCUCGCAGGCGACAUCCGUCAGUUGGAUCACGCACGGGAUGAAGAAGCUGUUUGUUGACUCGCAAGACUCGAAGGCGCUGAAGACGGUCUGGGGAGGGGUGAAAGUGUGCGACUGGGACAGGAGGGGCGGAUUCUACUUCCUGCGGCAGGAGGGUUUGCCGUUGCUGAGAAGAUUUUUGAGCAAGGAGAGGGAGAUCGAAGUCGAGGAGUCGGACAUGCGGCUGAUUCUCGACCGCUGCCAUGAGCCGACUGGCGAGUCCGACCUUUCCAAGAAGGCAAGGCGGAGGUUGAAGGACAUGGAGCCCGGGCAGUGUGUGGUAAGCACAAGGGUCAAGGACGAGGGGAGCAGCAGGAGAGACGAACGGGAAGUCUGUAUCGUGGCACACGUGGAGCAGUUAGGGGAGGGUCCCAUGUUGUGCCUUCGCAUGAGAACGUCUCCUCUGGAAGCUCAACUCAUCGCUCAAACGCGCCUCUGUCGAACUGCUGCAUCCGCUGCCUCCUCCUCCAGCCACAGACCUGUAUUCCCCUCCUCCUCCUACGAGGUGACGUGCCGCGGGCUGCCCUUCUCCUCCACGGAGGACGACAUCGUGACCUUUUUCGGGGAGUGUAAGAACCUGGAAGCGGGAGACGUCUCCAUCCUCCUGGACGCCAGGCAGAGACCGAGCGGGGAGGCGACGGUGAAGUUGAGGAGCGUCGAGGACUUGCAUGCUGCGCUCUCGUGCAAUCGAAACAUGAUGGGCGAGAGAUACGUUGAGGUGUUCGAGCACCGGAAAAGAAGAGCUGAGGAGGAGGAAGCGGUCGAGGAAUCCAUCAAGAAACGCGCCAGGAAAGAUUUCGCAAUGCCGCCAAGAACUGGGGGAAGACACUAUGACAUCGCUGGUCUAAUCAAGAAACUUGAAGAGAUACAUAAGGAACUUGGAGAUGAAAAAGAUGAAAAAGAAAAAAAUGAAGACGAUACUGAUGAGUUCACACGGCUCAAGAAAAUGUCAGCAAAGCAGAUGACGGAAAUUCGAAGAAUGAUCACGGAAAGAGAUGAGCUGCUUUCUUCAUCUGGAGGAGGAGGGAAAGCCGCUGUUCAGAUGUCCUCCAGAAUCAGAGAACUGAUCCGAAAUGCGCAUGAUCUCCAUGGAAAGAUGCAAGAGAAGCUCUCCAAGGAAGAGAAGGAGGUCGCGAAGGGCAAGAAGAAUGGCAAACUGACACCUGAGGAUUUGGAAAUCCAUCAACAGAUGGCAGAGCUUGUAUCUAAGCACAUAGCAGAGUGUGAAAGCUUGGAAAAGAAAAGAUAUCAGGGCAGAGCGGGAGGAAGGAACGGGACGAAAGGUGCUGGAGUGAACGGAGAGAUAAAACGCACGGCCAUGGAUACAGACUUGGCACCUAUUGAUUUGGAUCCUGAUGUGAAUGAGGGACUGAUCCAGUUGAGGAGGAACGACGAGAAGCUCGAUGAGCAGCUGGACAUGAUCUCCAAGGGUAUGGUACGUCUGAAAGGCAUCGCUGUUGACCAGAGCAACGAAGUAAAGUUGCAAAGUGUUAUGAUUGAUCAGAUUUCAGACAAUAUGGACAAGGCCACUGAGCAUUUGAAUGAUGUUAACAUGAAGCUCAAGGAUACGCUUGCACGCGCUGGAGGUGCAACCAACAUCCUUGUCAAGGUCAUCCUGCUCAUCCUCCUCUUGUCCAUUGGGGCCUACAUGUAUAAGGCCUUCGGAUGA